UCAGCGGCCAGAUGUUGCAACCGCUAUCCCCCGCUCGCGGCGCUGUCGGAGCGGAGCGGCUUUCCACGCGCAGCCGGCGCCCAGGGGACCCCCGCCGGGGAUGGGGAUGCUGCUGCCUGGGGAGCGCGGCUGGCUGCGGAGGCUGUGCGCGGCUCUCCUUCGUCGGCUGCAAGGCGAGAAGUCCUGGGACAGGAAGCUGGACGAGCUCAACCUGCUACAGCAGAAGAGGAUUUGGGAGUCUCCUCUCCUCUCGGCUGCCAAGGAGAAUGAUGUCCAAGCCCUCCAGAAAUUGCUUUCAAGUCAAAUCUGUGACAUUCACGAGAGAGGAGCUGCAGGCGAAACGGCUCUUCAUAUCGCUGUUUUGUACGAUAGUGUUGAAGCUGCCCAGCUCUUGAUGAACGCAGCACCAGACCUUGUGAACGAAGCUAUGAUGUCGGACAUGUAUGCAGGGCAGACGGCUCUUCACAUUGCUGUGGUGAACAAAAACCUGAGUCUGGUGAAAGCUCUGCUUGAAAAGGGGGCAGAUAUUAACAGCCCACGAGCCACUGGAUACGUCUUCAGGCGCAGGAGUGACAACCUCAUCUAUUUCGGAGAGCACAUUUUAUCUUUUGCAGCCUGUGCAGGAAGUGAAUCGAUUAUACAACUACUGAUUGAAAAUGGUGCCGACACCAGAGUGAGAGACUCAUUAGGUAAUACUGUCCUUCACAUUCUGGUUCUCCAGCCCAACAAAGUGUCUUCAUGUCAAAUGUUCAAUCUGUUUCUCUGCUACACAAAGGAAGAUGGGGAGCUGGGAGCCCUGGACUCAAUUCCCAACAACGAGGGGCUCACUCCAUUUAAGCUGGCUGGCGUGGAAGGCAAUACUGUGAUGUUCCAGCACCUAAUGCAAAGAAGAAAGCACGUCCAGUGGACCUUUGGGCCUUUGUCGUCCACGUUGUAUGACCUCACAGAAAUUGAUUCAUGGGGCGAUGAUCAGUCUCUCCUGGAGCUUAUUGUCACCACUAAAAACAGAGAGGCUCGGCGAAUCCUAGACCUGACUCCCAUGAAUGAGUUGGUAAACCUUAAGUGGAACAAGUAUGGAAGGCCGUAUUUCUGCAUCUUGGCUCUAUUCUACGUACUGUACAUGAUUUGCUUCACAAUGUGUUGUGUCUACCGACCUCUGAAACACAGGGGCUAUAACAGAACAAGUGAAAGAGACAACAUGCUAUUUGUUCAGAAACCUUUGCAGGAAUCAUAUAUCACUCCACAGGAUGACAUCAGAUUGGUGGGGGAACUCAUCACUGUGAUUGGAGCUAUAGUGAUCUUGGUUCUGGAGAUUCCAGAUAUCAUCAGAGUUGGAGCCACCAAGUACUUUGGACAAACAAUUCUUGGAGGACCUUUCCAUGUGAUCAUCAUCACAUAUGCAUGUAUGAUCUUGGUGACCAUGGUGAUGCGUCUCACCAGUACGACGGGAGAGGUGAUUCCCCUGUCCUUUGCUCUGGUGCUCGGCUGGUGCAAUGUCAUGUAUUUCGCACGUGGAUUUCAGAUGCUGGGGCCCUUCACCAUCAUGAUCCAAAAAAUGAUCUUUGGGGACCUCAUGCGCUUCUGCUGGCUAAUGGCAGUGGUGAUCCUUGGCUUUGCGUCUGCUUUUUAUAUCAUCUUCCAAACACAAGAUCCGGAUGAACUGGGGCACUUCUACAGCUACCCCAUGGCACUCUUCAGCACAUUUGAGCUCUUCCUCACCAUCAUUGAUGGUCCAGCCAACUACGAAGUGGAUCUUCCCUUCAUGUAUGGGAUCACCUACUCUGCCUUCGCGGUCAUUGCUACCCUCCUGAUGCUCAACCUGCUGAUCGCCAUGAUGGGUGACACACACUGGCGUGUGGCCCAUGAACGGGAUGAACUUUGGAGAGCUCAGAUUGCGGCUUUCACAACUGGCCAAAUGCUAGAACGCAAGCUUCCACAAUGCCUCUGGCCACGAUCGGGGAUCUGUGGGAAGGAAUAUGGUUUGGGUGACCGAUGGUACCUCAGAGUCGAACGUCGCUGUGAACUCCGGCAGCAGAAGGUAAAAGCGUUUGAACCCCACCGAAGGGAUGGAUUUGAGAAGUACUUGAUCUGCAAGAAGGCUGCACCCCUAGAUAAUGGCGGACUGUUUUACUCAAAGAAGCAGGGGCCCUUCAACACUCCUUCAGACACGCCCUGUUCAUCACGGAGGAGCUCCGCUUGCGGCUGGGACAUCUUGCGCCGCAGUGCGCUGGGGCAAGGGUAUAUUAAUUAUGGCAUGGAGGAGGAAGAAAUCUACCACGUCUGAGCUAUCAGCCCAGGGAUUUCCUUAUGGCUUCACCGUGGAUGAUGGAGGGGUGCAUCCACUGUUCAUAUAGGCACCAGUGACUGCUUGGCGCGCUCAAUGGCUAUGAGCAACACUCCAAAAAGCCUUCUGUUCCUAGAAGCAAAAGCAAGCUUGGCGAUCCUGAAGCAGUAGCAGAACUUCAGCAGAUGGUCUCCAUCACAGCAUCCCCUAGAGGACAGAGACUCUUUCCCAGAGCCUUCCAUAAGUGUGUGUAGAUUUUGGUUUUAGUGGUAGCCUAAAAUGGGUCAACUUUUGCCGGUUAUAGUGGAUAGUGGCACUUCUCUUUUUAAAGAGCCAGCGUGGUGUAGUGGUUAAGAGUGGUGAACUCUAAUCUGGAGAACUGGGUUUGAUUCCCCACCCCUC